UCGAUAGUUGACGCGGUCAAGUUAGUCGAUAGUCGCCUCACUGGCACCGUGAGAAUCCCGCCGAAACGAGCCAGUUGAAGCAGUUGACAGUAUCCGCGCGCAACCGGUGUGCGAUAGACGUCCCCAUGCCUCUAGCCAAGAAUACCCGUCGCGAACAAGAUCAACCUCCGAAAAGGAAAAUUAAGUUUUUCGGCUUCUUAGCCGGAGAAAGGAUGAUAAACCCGUGUACCGUGGCCGGCCUCCUGCUGGCGAUCAUCGCAGUCGUGGCUGCUGCCUCCUAUGACCGGGAGCGGCUGGAGAUCGCGAAGCAGAUCCUGGAAGAAGUACCUCUCACUGAUGGCCACAACGACUUACCAUGGAACAUCAGGAAGUUUUUGCGCAACCAGAUCAAUGAGUUCGAGCUGAACACCGACCUCACGGUGGUGGAACCCUGGUCCAUCUCCAAGUACUCACACACUGACCUGCCCAGGCUGAAGACUGGAAUGGUGGGAGCGCAGUUUUGGUCGGCGUUCGUCCCGUGCGCUACGCAGAACAAAGACGCGGUGCAGCUGACUCUGGAACAAAUCGACGUGAUCAAACGCCUCGUAGAAAAGUACCCUCAAGAUCUGCAGUUCGCCACAUCGGUCACAGAUAUCCUGGAGGCCCACAGCGCGCGUCCUCGCAAGAUCGCUUCGCUCAUCGGCAUUGAGGGAGGUCACUCUAUCGCCAACUCUUUGGGAGUGCUCCGCUCCUACUAUCAGCUGGGAGUGCGGUACAUGACCCUCACCCAUACUUGCAAUACCCCAUGGGCCGACUCAUCGAACGAAGCGCCCGUGGCCAAUGGACUGACCGAAUUUGGAGAGAAAGUGGUUCGUGAGAUGAACCGGCUGGGGAUGAUCGUGGACCUGUCCCACGUGGGGGAGAACACCACCAGGGCCGCCAUCAAGCUGUCCCGGGCGCCCGUCGUCUUCACACACUCCUCGGUCUACAGCCUCUGCAACCACAAACGCAACGUCCCUGAUGACAUCAUUCAUUCUCUGAAAGAAAAUGGCGGAAUUAUCAUGGUGAACUUCUUCCCGGACUUCGUGAAGUGCGCUCCUAACGCUACCAUCUCCGACGUCGCCGAACACUUCCACUACAUCAAGCGUAUGGUUGGCGCUGACUACGUCGGUAUCGGAGGGGAUUUUGAUGGAGUGAACAGGGUCCCUCGUGGAUUGGAAGACGUAUCCCGCUACCCGGAGUUGUUCGCCGAGCUGCUGCGAAGUGGCCAGUGGACCGUGCAGGAGUUGAAGAACCUGGCCGGCCUCAACAUGCUGCGCGUCAUGCGACAGGUUGAGAAGGUCCGUGAUGAGAUGCGCACCAACGGCGUGGAACCGGAGGAGCACCCCGACUCCCCCAACGACAACGGAAAUUGCACCAGCAACGCGUUCUACACCGAAUACGUGUAGAUCGAUCCCACACCACACACGACUGCAUAAUAUUUCAACUUUAUUUCUAUACAAAGAGAAUUGAAAGUGGCUUGUCAAUUUAAUGAUUUUCACUUAUAAAAAAUCGAGAUAAUUCCAACUAAACUCCAAGAUAUCGUUAAUUGAUAAGCCUUUGUGUUAGGAAUGUUUUCCAAAUGUGUUGGCGGGUCUGAACGGCCACUGUAGGCAUUUUUUGUUCGAAAUAUAGAAAUGUAUUUGAAAUGUGCAGCCGCGUCCGUACCGUCACUGGACCGUGCGUUCAAUCCGACAGUUUGAUUCCAAUUGAUGCGUGUUUAACAUGAUAAAUGUCGUUGUAUCAAUAAGCGAGCCUCCGCACUUGUAUCGGUGUUUGCUUAGCGCAGCGCACGCUUUGUCAGCGUCCGACAGUCACACACUUUUAUUUUAUUCCAAUCUCAAAUUUAAUAAUACAUAUUAUAUUUCAGCAAAAUCAAAUAAAUUCAAAUCGUAUAGAUUACUUUGUGAAUUAAAGCAAUUCCAUUGAAAUUAAUUACUAAUUCAUUCAUUAUUCGAUCUUAUUAUAAUAAUUAAUGUAAUUUAUACAAUUUUGAUAACGUUAAUUAAAACGAUUUGGUCCUUUAUCCGAUCCCAAUAUUUAAUGAAAUUUAACUAAAUUAUGAAUCUGUUUACAUUUGCUGAAUGUUAUUGCUGCGAACAUUGCUGAGCAGGCCGUGCGUUACCGGACAAGUGUGGAGAAUCUAUAACCGAUGACGUAUUUACGUCGAUAUGUGUCUGUUUAGUUAUUAUUCGAGUAGCUGUUGUCAUAUUUCACAAGUUGGCUGCGGGACUUCAUUCACCACCAAUUCAAACACGAUUUUGUCAACCCACGCGACAAAGGCAUCCCAACUUACAAGUAAUGAUUCGGUAAAUAAUGCAAGCGACGAGCCUUUGAAAGUUUAUAACAAGAGAUCCAAGUUUACAGUUUAAAGUUCAUAAAUUCAUCGGAGCAGAGAUCUGAACCAGGCGCAAGAUCUCUUUAUUACAGUAGCCGGAACGUUUAAGACAAUUAAGCGAAUUAAGUGCAAGUAAGACUUAAGUUGCAUUCAACUGACUGCCCUUUUAUUUUCAAACUUAACUGAAAAAUGAGGCAAACGUUUAAAGUAUGAAUAAUUGCAUAAAAGUUUCGUUUAAUGGGAAAAUUUUGUAUAUAUUUGCAUAUCGUUAACUCGAACUCUGUAUGACUGUAGGGGGAGGUGGCGGCUACUACACUAUAGCGUCAUACGUCAGUACCACCCCAGAUCUGUUAGAGUGAGGCCCCCGCCUGCGGCCCACUCAGUUUCCAAUUUCACUUCGAUCCAAUUAUUCGAAAUCAUAGUAAUCGAGACUCCACCAAAUUCAAUUUAACAGCAAAUUAGCUGCUAUCAAUGUUCUAGGCUAUAUAUAUUGUGCAACUUGAAUACUAUAUCACACGCACAUAGAUCAGUGGUCGCCAUUUCAAAAUGUUAAUGCUAUUUAGAAUUCCUUUCAUUCAAGUUAAUCCGAACAAAAGCGUCGUAUAUUGACUGUAUCACCGAUACUAUGUCCAAUCAUUUAGCCACUAAAGGAACCGCACUUUAACAAAAAUGGACGUUAAUUUAAUGUGUUUUAACAAUGUUUCGAUAUGGCUCUUCCAACUUCAUUACUUUGCAUAAACAAUCGAAAUGUUAAUGAUUGGAAGUUUGUGUGCGAGAGCUUGGCUCCGGGCGGUGACAAGUUUACUGCUUCAAUAUUAGCCAGUGCCAAGUAAGUUUGUCGCGGGGUUUAACGAGAGCGUCUUGGUGACACCGCGCGCUGCGAGAGUGCGCCCCGUACUUAGGAGUGUGUCUGUCUCUGCGGCCGCUGGGUGUUCGGCAAUACGUCGCUUGUGAGAUAUGGCGACAGUUUGUAUGUCGUAACUGUUUAGAUAAUCAAAAUAUAUGUCAUGUAAUAAAUGUUGUAGCUGCAUGGUAGGUGUAACAUUGUGGACUGUGCACUUCUUCCUUCUUUACAACUAAGCUGAUUGUGUUCACAUAUCACACCCCCCCCUUUCACCUCCACUCUUUCUGAUAAUACGACUUCUGUCUCUCUUAUGUUCUCCUUCUAUUUUCCUAAGGUUGCAUUAUCAGGGGAGUAAUUUAGAUAGAGAACUCAAAAUUGGAAUUAAAUGGAAGGCUCGAGUGCGAGAGAAGUAAAUUUAACUGGGUAAAUAGAGAAAUGUAACAAAAAUAUUUUAUUUUACUAUUGUAAUUUAAAAUAAAAAUAAAAGGUUCGAUCUAGGGACGUAGGUAGAGAAUAAAAUUUGUAAAAAGACAUUUUACUAAAUAAAAAGCGUAACGUUUGUUUUACGACGUCGGCUGUUAUAUUGUUUGGUGUUACUUACAUUCCAUUGAGGAAUUGAAAGUUCCUCGCGUGUUCACGGCAACAUGCGAGGCACGCCGUCAGUGUUCUGACGCAGUAUGAGUUCGUUAUGGAUUCGUUCUCUUCGUUGUUAUAUAACGUAAUAUUUUGUAGUUUACUUGUAAUUAAUAUAACUAAGUUAACAUAUUUUUACAUGUACGGUAUGUAAAGAUGUCGCUCAUCACGUUAUGUUCCACGUACUUCGGACGAGAGUGGACGAGGCUGUGCGAGCGCGUGACGGCCGGUGUGAGCCCGGGCUGCCGGCGCCGGCACGGACCGGCUCCCGCGCUCACAACGCUCAUCAUUUUCGCUUUCAAGUUUGCAAGCAUUAAAUGCGAGCGGAUCAGAGCUGAGCUGAAUGAGAGCACAAAGCCUCGAGUCGCCGGACACGCGCCGGACACGUGCCGGACGCAGCAAUUGUCCGGGAAGCGUCGGAGUCCAUCCGACACGGUCCGACUAUGUAAGCUAAAAGCUAGUAUACAAUGUAGCGUAAGGUCUAAACUUGUGAUGGAGAUCGUUGUGCCAAAAAUGACCUAAACUUUUUAUAACUUCUUACACAGUUUCAUAUUAAAACUGUACCUUUCAUUUUUUUUUAUAAUUUUUGUAGUAAAACGGCUACCAGUGCCACGAGGAGGGAAACGAAUAAUGUUUGUAACCUAGACUUGAGUUGAUUUGUCAUUCGGACAAUAAUACCAUCCACUUUAAAUGAAAUGCUGUGAAUUUCUCGAUGUAUAUUUAAAUAUAACUUUAAUAUAUGAUGUGAAAGAACGACUAUUUCUUAUAAAUUGUGACUGAACGAUUUUUGAACCUAUACUCAACUAUAAACUAAGGAAUUUCGUCUAAAAUCUGGCUGUUAUUUUGUGGUUCUUUUAUCUAUUUUACAUACAAUCAUGUAAUCAAGCGCACACUCGGUACUCAUUACACGGACGCGACUGGGUGAGGGCGAGCGCAGCGACGCUAGCGAGCCAGCAGCUCCGCGGCGGCGGCCGACAUAUACUUCUAUCGUGACUCGGUACAUUACAGCGUGUAUUGUUGAAAGACUCCCACAAAAUGUCCCAAACACAAUAUACCUAUCUAUAAUACGAGCUUGAAACCGAAUUCCCGACGUGUGCGCUUGAGCCGAGUUGUGUGGCGCGUUGCUGCGUGUUCAGCUCGACUGAUAACACUAUCACUGUUUACUUACCUAUACAUACUCCCCCCUCCGAAGCCUGUAUUACUUCGGAGGGCCUCAUCACUUCCUUCACUGUCUUCCCCGUUUAGCAAAGCGCCAGGCAACUGUAUACUGGACUAUUUACAUAUUUAUUACACUAGAUAACCAAUAAACACGUUUGCUGUAAUCUAAAA